ACCAAUCAGAGGACACGAUCCGUACCUGCUGAAUUAAUCACUUUAUAAUAAUUUUUCUUCUUCUAUAAAACAUUAAAUGUAGACGCUGCUCUGAUACCUUCAGAAUAAAAGCCUGGUUCACUUUAACAUUUUGAAUAUUUAUGAAUGAAACAAUAAUUAAUAUAAAUAAUAAACAAACUGUUCCAGCUCAGACUCACUGGACUUCCUGUUUUACUUUGAAAUAAUCAUUUUAUUUCACCGUCACAGAGAAAGAAACAGAUAUAUAUAUAUAAUCUACAGGUGUACGCGGAUCUCGGCGGCCUCGUACCUGAAUAUCUGUCGGCCGACUCUGUCCCUUUAAGAAGACUUCCCCUUUAACUUACCUGACCGACCGCACCUGAGCUCAACUUCCGGAGUCUACUGGGAACAACAACAACAAGGAGAAGAAGAAGAAGACGAGAAAGAAGAAGAAGACGAGAAAGAAGAAGAAGAAGACGACGAAGAGAAAGGAGGAGGAGGAGGAGAAGAAGAAGAAGAAGAAGAGGAAGAAGAAGAAGAGGAAGAAGAGGAGACAGACGGACUAUCGGCCUGAAGACACGCUGCGUCCAACAGGAAGUACCAGGAUGGAGGACAGACAGGAGGACAGACAGACAGACGGGGAGGACGAGGUGGUGAGGACCGCCAGGAUGGAGCCCAGCACCCUGCAGUGGCCCGGGGACAGACAGACAGGGGGACAGACAGGGGGACAGACAGGAGGACAGACAGGAGGACAGACAGGAGGACAGACAGGGGGACAGACAGGGGGACAGACAGGGGGACAGACAGGGGACAGGAUGAGUGUGAGGUCAGAUUUGUCUCUCCGGGAGGCGGCGAGUUGGACAGAGAGUGAGAGAGAGCUGAUGGUGGGCGGGGACAGGAGGGGUGAGGGGGCGGGGCUAAAGGCACACCUGGAGGAGGAGGAGGAGCCUGUGGAGAACCACCUGCCGGAGAAAGCAGCUCAGGUGUUCAGUCCCGCAGUCACCGUCCUCCCCUCCCCCUCCUCCCCCAGAGAGAGUGAGGCCUUCUGGGAAAUGGAGUCUGAGAAGAGCCCCUUCCUGGGUCCCCGGGGAGCCCCGCAGGACUACAAUCACCAUGGCUACCAGUACGAGUGGGAGGACACGCCCCCCGCCACAGGUGGGCGGGGCUGCAGCAGGGACGUGCUGAAGGUGGGCGUGUCCCUGGGGACGGCGGCGCUCUUCUUCCCGCUGCUGGUUUGGGGCGGCUUCGUCUUCCUGCCGUUCGACGCGCCCGUCCUCCACGGCGCCGCCACACGACUCGUCUACACGCUGCGAUGCUCCGUGUUCGCCGCCGCGCCCAUCGUCCUCGGUUGGCUGGUCCUGGGUGUCAGUCGUAUCCGGUUCGGUGUGAUUCGUCCUCUGUUUGAUGACGAGUCGAAGGGGGCGGAGCUUGAGGAGGUGGCGGUCCACCGGCGCUUCGUCUCUGACUCCGCCUCCCUGUUCCUCAUCUACUUCCUGCAGCUGGUCGUCAUGGCGAUGUACCUGAACCAGGAGCAGCUGAAGCUCGUCCCGCUGCUGACGGUCGUCUUCGCCUUCGGACGGCUGGUCUACUGGUUGGCGGCAGCGUUCGGCAGCAGUAUUCGUGGUUUCGGUUUCGGCCUCUCCUUCCUGCCGAGUCUCGCCAUGAUGGUCGCCAACAUCUACUUCAUCUUUGCGGUGGAUUCGGCGGGCUCCCUCUUCAGCCUGCCGCCCGCCCCCGAGCUGACUCCACCCGCCGCCGGCAAACAGAGAUUCUGGGGAUGAGAGCUGAUCAGUGAUCAAUAACUUUCCUGUAAUAUUCCUGAUUAACUUUGUUUUUUAUAAACUGAAACUAAAAUAUUUGUUUAAAAAGUUGUUUUGAUGUUUGAUGUCCAUAUUGAGGUUUAGCCCCGCCCACUCAGCUGAACUUUAACUUUUAUUAACAUUUUCAGUAGAAACAAGUUUUUUUUUUUUUUUUUUUUGUCUAGAAAUUUAGCUGUAGUUCUACUUCCUGUUUCUGUUGGUCCGUUUUUCAACAUUUUAUUUUCAUAAAAGUCUUUUUAAUGAUCAAUAAAUAUUUUAUUUGAUUAUAAAACUGGCAGUUAUUGACCAAGACACACCUACACACAGGAAGUACUGACAGGCUGACUUCACAAUAAAAGCAUGUAGACAGCU